CUCUCAAUAUCUAUCCUUGAUUAUCAAGCUUUAGAUUCACAUUUGAAAAGUUUCCAAAAACAAAGUUAGUUGAAAAAUUUUCCAAUCUCUUAAUUGUGAUUACUUGAUUGUCACCAUCUUCACUUAAAUAAAUAUCUAAUUCUCAUUCAUCAACAAUUAACAUUACAAUCAUGUUCACUUGUGUUUUUUGUUUCCUCAUCCCGUUCACAUUGAUUUCUAUUACCCAAGCAAAUGGAAACAGUUCUUGCGACAAAUCAAUUGACCGAAUGGACAAGAUUUUCAAAGAAGCGCUUUUCAUUAAACAAGGAAUCAAAUUCCCAUCUAAUGAUAAAGAAAUUGAUGCUUAUUGCAGAAAUGGUAAAUUGUUUUCAAAUGAGGCAAAAAAUUUCAACAAUUGCGCUAAACCAUUUCCUCGGCAAGUUGUCCAAAUAUUGGGUAAAAGUUUGGGACGGACAAUGAAGUCCAUGUGUAAACCAGGAAAACCCCGUCAAGAUUUGGCCGCCGCUUUUGAAUGUGCAACAACCUCUUACCAUAAAGAUUUACAAGAUUGUGGACUAAUUUUGGUCAAUCAAAUUUACCUCUCAUCGAGUAAUAUGACCUCCGAUCAAUUGUUCCCGUUAAUCUGUUGCUCAUUCCAUGAAUUGGUUAAUUGUAUCAGAUCAGCUGCAGUUCCUUCAUGUACCGAUGAAAAGUUUCAUCUAACUAAUUUUUUCAUGGGACAUAUCAACAGAUUAAUCAAGGAUUUGAUUGACCUUCUCUGUGGCAAAUGGUCAACAAUUGAACAAUGCCAAUUGUCAGCGCCCGAAGUUUUUGAUCAUUUGGCUAAAUUAAACAACGUUUCGAGAUUUAAUUCAGAUGAAUCACUACUUGGAACCAUAUUAAACAUAACAGCCAAAUUAUCAUCGGAAGAUGAAUGAUCAACAAUUAAGAUCACAAGUCGAUUUGAUUGAUCCAAUUUUUUUUUUCAUUAUUUUACUUAUUUCCAACUUUUAUAAACCCAAUUAAAUAUACUCAUCGUAAUCGUAAUCAAA